UUCUUGAUAGAAGUAUUUUAAAAUAGAAAUCUUUACAAUGGCCUCAGCAGUACUUAGUUCUGUUCCCACUACCGCUUCUCGUUUUGCCCUGUUGCAAGUAGAUAGUGGCAGUGGUUCUGAUUCCGAGCCUGGAAAAGGCAAAGGUCGAAAUACUGGAAAGUCUCAAGCAAGCAAAUCAACUACGAAUGAGAAAAAGAGAGAAAAAAGAAGAAAAAAGAAGGAACAGCAACAGAGUGAAGCAAAUGAGCUCAGGAAUCUUGCCUUUAAGAAAAUUCCCCAGAAAUCCUCCCAUGCCAUUUGUAAUGCUCAACAUGAGCUUUCAUUACCAAACCCAGUGCAGAAGGAUUCACGAGAAGAAAAUUGGCAAGAGUGGAGGCAAAGAGAUGAGCAGCUGACAUCUGAAAUGUUUGAAGCAGAUCUUGAGAAGGCACUGUUGCUAAGUAAAUUAGAAUAUGAAGAACACAAAAAGGAGUAUGAGAAUGCUGAAAAUGCUUCAACUCAGGCAAAGGUUAUGAAUAAAAAAGAUAAAAGAAAGAAUCAUCAGGGAAAAGACAAACCUCUCACGGUAUCACUGAAAGAUUUUCAAUCUGAAGAUCACAUUAGUAAAAAGACUGAGGAAUUGAGUUCUCAGACUUUAUCACAUGAUGGAGGAUUCUUCAAUAGACUGGAAGAUGAUGUUCAUAAAAUUCUUAUUAGAGAAAAAAGAAGAGAACAGCUUACAGAAUAUAAUGGAACAGAUAAUUGUGCAGCUCAUGAACACAACCAGGAAGUAGUUCUGAAAGAUGGAAGAAUUGAAAGACUAAAGUUGGAACUUGAAAGGAAAGAUGCUGAAAUCCAGAAGCUGAAAAAUGUGAUCACUCAAUGGGAGGCAAAGUAUAAAGAAGUAAAGGCAAGAAAUGCACAGUUAUUGAAAAUGCUUCAGGAAGGUGAAAUGAAAGAUAAAGCAGAAAUACUUCUGCAAGUUGAUGAAUCACAAAGUAUCAAGAAUGAGCUAACUAUACAGGUGACUUCACUUCAUGCUGCGUUAGAACAAGAAAGAUCUAAAGUGAAACUAUUACAAGCAGAACUAGCCAAAUACCAGGGUGGCAGAAAAGGGAAAAGAAACUCUGAAUCCGACCAGUGUAGGUGAUUCCAUUAGCCUUUGAGGUCAACACAAAAAUUAAAACUUUCAGGGUUUUGCAAAAAUGUAUAUAUUUAAUGCUGUGCAACUGCUAAACUAUGCAGUUUUUGUUGAAGAAACUUUAAAAUUAUUAGCUCACUAACAGUCUAUAAUUUUAUGUCCUUUUGGCUUAAAGUGAAAAGAAGAAAAAUAGAAUUCCAGCAGAACUCAAUGAUUAUUGUUUACUAUCCAUACUUCUUAUCACUUUAGUUUUUCAUCAGUCAAUAAAAUUAAUUUACUCUUCCAUUAAUAUGUUUGAUUUUUU